AUGACAACCAGGGUCCCUGGUAAGGACACCACUUCUCGCGAGAAGUGAGAACUUUGAUCGCGAGGGAGACAGGUUUUUGCAAAGUUUCCGCUCGCGUGCAGUUUAUCUUGACAAAUACCCUAACGUUACGUAUUUGCUUCGGCGUUAGAAGAUUUUUAAUGACGACGAUACCCCCUUUUGGACCUUUUUGUGACCUUCACAUUGCUUUCACUGUGACUGUUUAUAAUAAUAUUUAUUUUUUUUAAAGCAAGAAACGGGCAAACGUGACUUCCGCAUGCGCUAAAGUUUUAAAUUUCGCUUGUCUGCUCGUAAAACAAGCUGGUUUUUUUUUAUCGGGCGAUGUCUUUCCACACCUCCUGUGACCAGUGAACGCUUGCUGACGUUCAAUCCGAGUUUUAAACCCGACAGUUAAACAGUUGGUAAUGGUUUCUUGUGCACGAGCAUGUCCCUGCUGUCCCUGGUGGCGCAGGCGGUCGAGUCCCGCAAAGCGGACCAAGCCCAGAUGGACGACCGUGUUCAGCUCUACAGAGAACUGUUGCACACCCUAACUUCACAACCGAACACGGGCUCUGAUGAGGCCCAGUGUGCAAAUGAUGCUGCGACAGAUACAGAUGCCUCACCGGGGGAAAAAGAAGAUAUGGAAUUGCUGGAGCGAGCCCUGGAGAAAGCCCUUCGGGUCCGCACUGGCACAGGAUAUUCUAAAAAAGCCUCGAGCAGACAAUCUCCACGUCAAAAGGAACCCGGCACUACAGCUGUCGCACACAAAGGAAUGCAGGCAACUGCAGCUUCUAAAGGAAAUCGGUCCACCUCGAACGAGCACAAAAGGCCUGGUCCGUCGGCGCCCUCCACACUGGGCUCAGAACCUUCAGCGAGCAAAACCACAAUUAAUAGAAGCAUAACCCAGAAGUGCCCUUUGUCUUCAGAUGGCGUUGUGCAUCACCAGGCAGCAAGGAAAGGGUCUGGCUCUGUAGAUCUGGGUCAGUUGCACACCUCUACCCUCCACUCUAAAAAGAAGAUUAUUAGAAGCAACUCGUCGAGUGGACGUGACCCGGGCCGAGCUGCGGCGACCUCCGCUCUUUCAAAUAACGCGGUGCCCGUUUCACAGACGGAGGAGCCCGGAGCUCACGGUUUACCUCCACGGAACGGGAAAGCUUCUGAACAGACGGCAAAAUGGAGAUCUCUAAGGAGCCAGCAAAACAGGUUAUGGGACAAAGUUGCUGGCCUGCAAAGGGAACCCGUGCCUGGGAGGAGUCACUUCAUGGAGAGAAUGAGAGCUACGUUCCCGAGGGGUUGGCCACGUGGUUCCCCAGAUCAGACCAGGUUUCUGGUCGACAGAUUGACUCAGCAAGGUCAUGACCUCAACCAGCACUGCCAGACAACGGAGCUUUUGGCCAAACAGACGCAAGAAUCAACCACAGAGCUGGGCGGUGAGGCGAACGACGAUGAAUCCUGCCUGAGGUUUCCGAUGACGGCCGCUCGGCUCCAGAACGUCGCCGACCAAGCGAAGCAAGAGUGGGAAGCAUGGGAUCGAUGGAGACCAGAGGGAGGUUGUCUUUGCCCCACUAGGGCAAAUGGUGUGGGGGGAACCGGGAUGAUUGCACCCCUGCCACCGACGGUAACCUACACGACAGAGGCCGAACUCAGAGAGCUGGAGACGCUGAGGAUGAGGGUGUCACUGCUGCAACAGGAGAUUUACCUCGAGCAGGCUAUAUUGGACUCGCUGUCCCCUCGGCUUUCCUCCAUGGUACCUGGGCCUGGAUGUCCCGACCUCAGUGUGCUCAGAGACAUGUACUCCCUGCUAGGUGAAGGAGGGGAGCGGUCCCCGGCCAUCGUCCUGGACUCUGAGCCCGACUGACUACAGAGCAUGCAACACUGAGUUUGACUUUGCCUUCCUCCCCUUUCCACACAUAAGAUAAAUAAAAUGUGAUGCAAUCCAGUGUAACACCAGUUGAAUCAUUUCAAUAACACUAUAAAAUGAAAUUCAGAAAAGGAAUUUAAUUUAAUCUGGAUUGCUUUAGGCUGAGCAGGUGUACCUAAUUAAGAGUAAACAUUUGCCAGAGAGACAUUAAACCCUUCAAUUAAUCUGAAAUAUUAUCCAAACUACUCUACGUAUAAUACAUGAUAUCAGCAUGUGGCAAAUACAUUUCAUUGUGUGGAUAUUUGUAAUUCCAGUUGAUCUCAUAUGUAUUUCAAUUUAAACUGCUUUUGGUUUUAUUUUUGUAAUGGUUCAAUGCUAUUUCUAUGUUUAAACUAUAUUUUAACUCCUCUCUUCUUGUACGAAGUAACACUUAUUUCCUAGAAUGACUUGCAAUGGGGAAAAUGUAACCCAAGGUCGGUAAUGCAACACUGCCUGUACCAGCAGGUGGCGCUCAAUUCACAGAUGAAGUGACCAUAGAACACACUCGCAGGUGACUUGUGUUUAUUGCUUCAUGAAAUCAAUAAACGGUCAGUUGGA